AAGAAGAGAGAGAGGCGUGCCUUCACGAUUUCCUUCCCUUAAAAACAGAAAAUUGAUUAGCUCUUUGCACGUUAAUUAAACUACACCCAUCACUUUCACUUCCUACUUCUUCCCUCUCUUUUAAACAAAUCAAUCUUUCUACUUUUUUUCUCCAAUUUUCACUCUCUCUUUCUCUCUCUUCAAUCUCUCUCUAUUUUAAUUUUUCUGGGUUUCUCUGUUUUUUUGAUCAUCCCCUAUUUCUGUAUACCUUAAUUGUUGGAUAAAAUGAGGACACUUUGCCCUAAUUUUGAUAGAGAAGAUGGGCUUGAAACUGUAUUAGAAGUCCCAAUUCCUGAAGAAAUGUUUCCUUCUGCUAAGAAUAAAUGGCCUAAUAUGAAAUCUUGGAUGAAAACUAACCCAGGUAGAGCUCCUGCCAGUUUACCUUUUGCUGAUAGAAAUUCUCAAAUUCAGCUUCUUCUUGGUGUAAUUGGUGCUCCAUUGAUCCCACUCCCAAUUCCUGUUGAUCAUAAGGUUAACAAAUGCAUCAAAGAUCACCCAAUUGAAUCAUCAAUGGCGAAAUACAUAAUUCAUCAGUACAUUGCAGCAAUGGGAGGAGAGCAUGCUUUGAAUUCGAUUGACAGUAUGUAUGCUAUGGGAAAGGUGAAGAUGACUGCAUCUGAAUUCAGUGCAGGUGAAGGUUUAUCGGUGAAUAACCCGAAAGCAGAUAAUAAGGUGGUGAAGGUUAAAGGAGCCAAGAAUGGUGGUGAAGUUGGUGGAUUUGUUUUAUGGCAAAAGAAGCCUGAUUUGUGGUGCUUAGAGUUGGUUGUUUCUGGUACUAAGAUUAGUGCUGGGAGUGAUGGGAAGGUUGCUUGGAGGCAGACACCUUGGCACAACUCCCACGCCUCCCGAGGCCCGCCGCGACCUCUCCGACGUUCAUUACAGGGUCUUGAUCCGAGAAUGACAGCAAAUCUAUUCACUAAUGCUCUCUGCAUUGGUGAGAAAGUAGUACACGACGAGGAUUGCUUCGUGCUAAAGCUAGAAGCCAAUCCCUCAACACUUGAAGCAAGGAGCAGCAGCAAUGUAGAGAUAAUCCGCCACACAGUUUGGGGAUACUUCAGCCAAAGGACAGGACUUUUGAUCCAGUUAGAGGACACUCACCUUCUAAGAAUAAAGACUUCGAAGAGUGAUAGCAUUUUUUGGGAGACCACAAUGGAGUCCCAUAUCCAAGACUACCAAACAAUAGAUGGUGUUAACAUAGCACAUGCCGGAAAAACUUCAGUCUCAUUGUUUAGAUACGGGGAGAACUCCGACAACCAUUCAAGAACGCGUAUGGAGGAGGUUUGGACCAUUGAAGAAGUGGACUUCAACAUCAAAGGACUGUCCAUGGAUUGUUUCUUACCCCCCGCAGACCUAAAGAAAGAGGAUGAAGGAUUCACGACUGUUGUGCCAAGCACCAUAAAACCAACCACUAAAACGCUAAGUGCACCAAAGGCAGCAAACACCAAGGUUAGCACCGCUAAGGUUGCUGCUGUCGAUGAUCAUCAUUCAGAGAAUCUGGAUGGGAGUGAAAGGAUGUAAACUCCCAAUCCCAACCAUCAGUUUUGUGCAUCUUUCUGUACAUAUGAAAUUACCCAAGUGAAUUGUACAGCCAUGACUAACAGGAAAUCUAGGACUGCUCAACAAAAGCUGAGCAUCACAUGUAUAGACCUUCCCAACUGAUUGACCAAGUUAGUCACGACUGGACAUUCGCGUUCCAUGAUAUAGCUAUACACAAGUUAUAGUUUCCGGUAGAGGACUUUCUUAGAGGCUUGUGUUUUAUGGAAGUCUAGGCCUCUCGGAAUUUAUGUCAUGAUCUAUAUAUAUUUUGAUUCACUAAUUGAUAGCAAAUUGUUCUUCAACGUAGAAACAUUCAAAUGACCCUCAUUUUUGUUCAUUCUUUCGUGAGAAAUAGAAACUGAGAUAA